AUGACUAGUCUGGAGACUAGCCUGGCACAGUCCGGACUUCAGCCUGCGCCUGCAACACCUGAGCCCUCAGGAGCCGAGCAUGAUUCGGAGCCGGAGAAGUCUCAGGCAAGGUAUGAUCCUAUGGAUGUAGAUCUCGAGGUUAUACCAGAGGAGGAACCAGAAGAAGAAGACCCUAAGGAAGAACCUAAAGAGGCGCCAGAAAAUGAACCCGAAGAUGAGCCCGAAGAAGACCCAGAGAUGGAAUCAGAGGACGCACCCGAGGACGAGCCAGAGGAUGAGCCAGCGAACGAGCCGGAAAAGGAGUCUGAUGAGGAGGAGCGGUUAGAGGUUCCUCUAGAGUCGGGUGAUGUGGACAACCCGAUCGAGAUCAAUGCUGAUUCGGAGCUAGAAGCAAUUAGAUUACUAGCUUGUGCUUGCUCUUAUGAUUUCAAGCUAUAUCAAAUGGAUGUGAAAAAUGCAUUUCUUUAUGGUUACAUCAAAGAGUAA